AUGGCUGAAUGGGAUUUAGGUUCAUGUAUCAGCUGUCAGACUUUGCAUCUUCAGCCACCAGCACCAACCUGCCAGACUGAAGCAAAUCAUCUCAUGUACAGAGACACCUGGCGUCUGGAGUUUGAUUCCUCUAUUGUACCCAAGUGCCCAGAGAAGGGAAGGAAUGAGUACAUCAGGAACACAAUAUAUCGUCUGUUUAAUGCCCACAUGGUGCAUUACAUUUGCUAUAAUCUGUAUAAUGCAUGUCAAAGAGAGUGGCCUACCAAACGAGUGAUUGUGGUCUUCCACACACGCCGAACGGAAGGGCAGGGCAUUGUCAAAGUGAGGCCCUUACAUCAGACCUGCAAGAGGUGCAGCGAAGCCCCAGUGGAACAUCCCGACAUCACCUCAGAGAACAUCACCAACCUCCUGAAGAAUCUGGUGAAGACGAUAAGAAUCAAGUGUUACCGUGAAAACCUGGAUCAAGGCAAAUAUAAUUUUGUGAGGAUUGAGGUCAUAAGCCGUCAUGAGCCUGCCCAUUGUGAGGGAUCAGUGGCUUCCUGCUUGGACGACAACCGUGUGUUCUACUUCUAA